AUGAACAGUCCAACUUUUAUACGGCUCGAGGCAGCUAGGAAGAAGGUAGUUGAACCAGCGAUGUGCAUUAAUUUUGAUCACUUAUUAAUACCAUUUCAGGAGGAUGCAGCGCAAGCAUUCUAUAAUAUAACAAAGCAAAUCGCAGAGGAAAUGCAGGCGAAGACAAGCGCUCUAACCCCAGAAGACCUUGGCGGCUUUACGUGGGGCACCUUGGAGUAUAAACCGGACGCAAUCGCCUAUAGCAUUACUCUCCCUCCCGGGAUUGGCGGUUACAAAAACUGGUUCACAUUACCUGCCGAAUACGUCAAGUUCAUGGACAUCACCAUGCUUGCGAGCAAGUUCGGCGUCGGAACCAUUCCAACGUGUUCUCCAGACUACUCCCUCUUCCACGCUGAACGCCCCUUUCGAUCUGAGCACAGACGAGAAUUCGAACGAAUGCGUCUAACAACAUCUCAGCUUAUCCUAAGUAUGCAGCGGAUCAUUUUAGGGAGGAUAAUAGCUGUCUUACUUCGCAGACCAGAUGCCUGGGAUAUA